AUGUCCACUAAAAGAGACCUCAAACCGGAUAAUGUGUUGAUUACAUACGACGGGUAUAUAAAGUUAUGUGACUUUGGUUUGGCUAAAGAGGUCGAUAGUAUUGAUUGGUAUCGAGAUGUUGGGACCCCCUGUAUAUAUCAAGCACCGGAAGCCCAGACUAAUGAUUACAAUCAUAAGAUAGAUAUCUACAGUCUAUCCCUAAUUGGGGCUCAAAUUUUUGGUUUGGAUAUCAACGAUAUAAUGGACGGAAAUUUACUUUAA